AUGGCGUAUCAGUUUUCCAGGAAGGGAUGCUUCAAGUGCGGAAACUGCAAGUUCUUCCUGCGUCAUCGCUCAUCUUUCAUACAAUCUAAUAUUGUUCCAGUGGGUCACAUUGCUGAAAAUUGCUCUUCUGAGCAGCGCCUCUGCUACAAUUGUCGUCAACCUGGCCAUGAGUCUUCAGCUUGUCCGUCGCCUCGUACCGUUGCUGCAAAGCAGUGUUACUCCUGUGGUGGUGUUGGUCAUAUUCAGGCAGAAUGUCCCAAUUUGAGGGUUCAAAGCGGAAAUCAAAAGUGCUACAAUUGCGGUCGGUUUGGACACAUUGCUCGCGUUUGUCCGAGUGGGGCUACUGGAGUGUCAGGGACCGGGACCGGGGCCGGGUUUGCUUCUCGUGCACCUCCCCCGGGACGUGCUCUGAAUACAUCUACACUUCCUCCAGUGAAAUGCUACCGAUGUGGAGGACCCAAUCAUAUGGCAAGGGACUGUCUUGCCGCUCCGGGCUCGACCUUGGCCGACGGAACAUCUGGAGCGACCAAGAGCAAAACUUGUUACAAGUGUUCACAAGAGGGGCAUGUGCGUCUCAUCUGUCUUUUUCCUUUCUUUUUUCAGUGCUUGAUAUGUUCCCUCGAAGAUCGCAAGGGACUGCCCAGAGAAUGA